CCAAAAGUGAUUGAUAUCUUUCUCCACCGCCCCACCUCGUGAUGACAGACGUGGAGAUGCAGUCGUGCUUGCUCAAGGAAGGCACCAGUGUACAGAGCAUAGACUACGACAACGCCACCGUCAUGGGUGUCCGUCCUUAUGGUCGUGUGAUUGCACUGGCCAUGACGUUGAACUGCAUGAUUGGAACGGGCUGUUUCGGUCUGCCCUUCGCCUUUGCGUCCGCUGGCAUCAGUCUCACGUCCUUGCUCCUCCUUCUUGGCACCGUGGGAUCCCUCGUGACAAUGAACUACACGCUGGAGGCCAUGGCACGCGCGGAAGGACUAUCAUCAACUCAUCAUCCCACCCAUCAUCGGCUCACGUAUCGGCGACACAACUUUAGCUGCAUCGGGCACCUCUUCGCUGGCCAAACAGGGUACACUAUCGUCCAAAUCCCGCUCGUGCUGUAUUCAUUCGGCUGUUUGUGGAGCUUUGCAUCCAUCUUUGCUUCAUCCUGUGCGUCCAUGUUCUACACAUACGUCGUUGUGGGCGACACCUGCAACGCCUACGCGUUCGAUGCUACGUCUGGUUGCACAGCUGCCUACUUGGCGAGCAUGUUUGUCUUCUCCAUUCUCGUGGUGGGGCUGGUGCUCAUGGAGAUGGGAGAUCAAGCACGCAUCCAGAAGUUCCUCACUAUCUACCGCAUCGUGGCGCUUUCGCUCAUGGUGGGAACGAUGUCCUUCAAGCUGUACGUCGACGGCUGGGGCGCCAUCCAAGCGCGGCUAUUGGCGCGGGACGUGAGAACCACAUCUUCGUUUGCCCACUUCAGCCUCGCGUUUGGGUCUACCAUCUUGGCGCUGAAUUGCCAUCACAACAUGCCAGACAUCAUGCAACCGUUAUCGUCGAAACAGCAUGCGAGGCAAGUAGCGUUCGUGGCCAUUGUUAUUGGGUGUGUCUUUUACUUUCUCGUGGGGAUUCUCGGGGCGCUAGCGUUCGACCAUGUUAACCCCCUCGCGAGUCUCAUGUGGAGCGACUUCACCGGCUGCGGCAACGGAUGGCACCCAUGCUCAUCCUCCUCUGUGCCUGGCAAACCACCAACCUCCACGUGGCUAGGCUCCGCCGUGCAUAUCAUUGUCAUUAUGUUUCCUGUCGUGAACAUCCUCGCCCCACUCGGCCCCUCCAGCGCCGUUCAAGUCGCCCGCAUGCUCGCCGUCCUCCCGACCCUCGUUCUCGCCGCCGUGUUCAAGAACCUCGACGACAUCUUCACCGUCACAGGGCUCUUUGGGUUUGUCAUUGGCCUUGUCGUGCCUUGCUGGUUCCAAGUCGUGGGCAUCUCCGCCUGCCGCCGAUUUGCCCACGACCAACCGAGCCACACUCCGUACACUAUUUCAUGCCUUAGUUCUGUGGCAACUGCAACGGUCGUGCUGAGUGUGAUGCUGCUGGCCACGGCAGUUGCCACCGUGUCGAUACUGGUCCAGCGGUAAAGAAAUCUACUCGACGUACUACAGUACAGUGUACUAUAGUAAUACCGUACUACAGUAUUGACAUGGUGUCGG